GAAUGAAGGAAGGAGGCUUUGGCUGACUGGCUCUGUGUUGGCUUAGCUAACGGCUCUCGGGGAGCCGGGAACAGGACGAGGAGGAUUUGGGGGUGCGGGAAGAGGGUAACAGAUGAGGUCAGCGUCUGUCUAGCUAGUGUGUGUGGGACCUGCUCUGCGCUGGGCACUGUCAAGGGACACUGAGCUGAGGGAGGCCAGUCGCUGGGAUGGGUUGGGUUGUCCUCUGCGCAGCGCGAGCCUGCGGGGUGGGAGGUGGGAGAAGGGGUCAGGCGAGACGGGCCUGCAGGAGAGCCCGAGGCACAGGCCGCUGUGUGUCAGCAGCUGAAAAUGGGGCCUCGGGCCUCAGAGGAGGAGUGACGGCAGGGAGGGGCCCGGAGAAGCGCCCCCCUGGCGUUAGCAGCGUCCUAAUGCUGACUGUCUCCCCGUUCUCUCCACCAGAACCUGUCAGCCGUCGGCGCGUUGGUGGGUCUCAGUAACGCUCGGCUCGGUUCCAUCAAAACUCGGUUUGAGGGCCUGUGUCUGCUGUCCCUGCUGGUGGGGGAGAGCCCCACGGAGAUGUUCCAGCAGCACUGCGUGUCGUGGCUCCGGAGCAUUCAGCAGGUCCUGCAGUCCCAGGACCCGCCCCCCACGAUGGAGCUGGCUGUGGCCGUCCUGAGGGACCUGCUCCGGUAUGCGGCCCAGCUGCCCACGCUCUUCCGGGACAUCUCCAUGAACCACCUCCCCGGCCUCCUCACCUCCCUGCUGGGCCUCAGGCCGGAGUGUGAGCUCUCGGCGCUGGAGGGAAUGAAGGCCUGCAUGACCUAUUUUCCUCGGGCCUGUGGCUCUCUCAAAGGCAAGCUGGCCUCGUUUUUCCUGUCCCGUGUGGAUGCCCUGAGUCCUCAGCUCCAGCAGCUGGCCUGCGAGUGUUACUCGAGGCUGCCCUCUCUAGGGGCCGGCUUCUCCCAGGGCCUGAAGCACACGGAGAGCUGGGAGCAAGAGCUGCACUGCCUGCUGGCCUCGCUGCACAGCCUGCUGGGGACCCUGUACGAGGGAGCGGAGACAGCCCCUGUACAGUAUGAGGGCCCCGGGGUGGAAGUGCUACUCACGCCCUCGGAGGACGGGGACGCCCACGUGCUGCUGCGGCUCCGACAGCGGUUCUGCGGCCUGGCCCGCUGCCUGGCGCUCAUGCUCAGCUCUGAGUUUGGGGCUCCCGUGUCCGUCCCCGUGCAGGAAAUCCUGGACGUCAUCUGCCGGACCCUCAGCAUCAGUGCCAAGAACAUUAGCUUGCUUGGAGACGGUCCCCUGCGGCUGCUGCUUCUGCCUUCCAUCCACCUGGAUGCCUUGGACCUGCUCUCCGCGCUCAUCCUCGCGUGUGGAGGCCGUCUCUUGCGCUUUGGGGCCCUCAUCAGCCGCCUGCUUCCCCAGGUCCUCAAUGCCUGGAACCUUGGUAGGGAUACCCUCUCUCCAGGCCAGGAGAGGCCUUACAGCACCGUGCGGACCAAGGUGUAUGCCGUGCUGGAGCUGUGGGUGCAGGUGUGCGGGGCUUCGGCGGGCGUGCUGCAGGGGGGUGCCUCGGGGGAGGCCCUGCUCUCCCACCUGCUCAGUGACAUCUCCCCGCCGGCGGAUGCUCUGAAGCUGCGCAGCCCGCGGGGGAGCCCGGAUGGGGGGCUGCAGGCCGGGAAGCCCAGCGCUCCCAAGAAGCUGAAGCUGGAUAUGGGGGAGGCCGUGGCCCCGCCCAGCCACCGGAAAGGGGACAGCAACGCCAACAGCGACGUGUGUGCGGCCGCGCUGAGAGGCCUCAGCCGGACCGUCCUCAUGUGCGGGCCCCUCAUCAAGGAGGAGACUCACAGGAGACUGCACGACCUGGUCCUGCCCCUGGUCAUGGGGGUCCAGCAGGGUGAGGUCCUGGGCAGCUCCCCCUACACCAGCUCCCACUGCCGCCGGGAGCUCUACCGCCUGCUGCUGGCCCUGCUGCUGGCACCUUCGCCCCGCUGCCCGCCUCCCCUCGCCUGUGCCCUGCAAGCCUUCUCUCUCGGCCAGCGAGAGGACAGCCUCGAGGUGUCGUCUUUCUGUUCGGAAGCCCUGGUGACCUGUGCUGCCCUGACCCACCCCCGGGUUCCUCCCCUGCAGUCCAUGGGCCCCGCCUGCCCCACGCCUGCCCCAGUUCCCCCUCCUGAGGCCCCAUCUCCAUUCAGGGCCCCCCCCUUCCAUACCCCGGGCCCCAUGCCCUCGGUGGGUCCCAUGCCCUCGGUAGGCCCCAUGCCUUCGGCGGGCCCCAUGCCCUCGGCGGGCUCCAUGGCAUCGGCAGGCCCCAUGCCCCCGACGCGCCCCGGACCUCCAGCCACAGCCAACCACUUAGGCCUCUCUGUCCCAGGCUUGGUAUCUGUACCCCCCCGGCUCCUUCCCGGCCCUGAGAACCACCGGGCAGGCUCAAAUGAGGACCCCGUCCUUGCCCCUAGCGGCACUCCUCCACCCCCUAUACCCCCGGAUGAAACUUUUGGGGGCAGAGCGCCCAGACCGGCCUUUGUCCAUUACGAUAAGGAGGAGGCGUCCGACGUGGAGAUCUCCUUGGAAAGCGACUCAGACGACAGUGUGGUGAUCGUGCCCGAGGGGCUGCCGUCCCUGCCGCCCCCACCCCCCUCGGGCACCACACCCCCACCCGUGGCUCCAGCCGGGCCACCGACCGCCUCCCCUCCUGUGGCGGCCAAGGAGGAGCCUGAAGAGCUUCCCGCGGCUCUUGCGGGGCCGGGUGUGCGCGCGCGGGGGGCCAGGUGUGCGCGCGGGGCCAGGUGUGCGCGCGCGGGGGGGGCCAGGUGUGCGCACACACGCAGACGGGUCCGGCCUUCCCUUCAGCGUCCCCAGAGGGGCUGCGUUACCACCGAGGAUAAAUCCCUUGCAUCGAGUCACGGGAUCUGCUCGUUCAGCAGACACUGAGUACCGGUUGCGUAG